AUGAUAAUAAUGAUGCGGUAUUGUCAAGAAUUAUUCGGACAAAGCAAAUAUUUGAGAUUUUAUCUACAGUUCAAUCAAAGAAAACCUAUUGUUAAUUAUUUGUAUUCUUGCAAUGCAGUCCAUACUAUGUCCUGCAUGUAUAGCAAAUGUAAUUAUGAAAAUGAUAAACCGUUAACACAAGAAACAUUAAAAGCAAUUGAACUUUUAUCAAAAACCGGAAAUGAAACAACAAAAUUGUAUAAAACAACAAAUAUUCAGUCAAAACAAAAAACCACAUUUGCUACAAAAUUAGUAAAUAAUUCUCCAGCUAAAAUACAACCAUACUUAAAGCUUAUAAGAAUGGAUAAACCAAUAGGGUCUUGGUUAUUAUUUUGGCCUUGUGGUUGGAGCAUAGCAAUGGCAGCAGCACCAGGUGCACUCCCAGAUCUCAAACUUUUAACUCUUUUUGCAAUGGGUGCAUUCAUCAUGCGUGGAGCAGGAUGUAUCAUAAAUGAUAUAUGGGAUCAAGAUAUUGAUUCAAUGGUAGCCAGAACCAAAGAUAGACCAUUGGUUACUAGGGAAAUUUCACCCUUAGGGGCAUUGAUUUUCCUUCAAUGCCAAUUAAUUUUGGGAUUGUUAAUAUUGUUACAACUAAAUCUUUACAGUAUUAUAUUGGGUGCAAGCUCAAUAAUUUUGGUGAUAUUAUAUCCUGUUAUGAAAAGAAUAACAUAUUGGCCCCAAUUAAUCCUUGGAAUGACUUUUAACUGGGGUACUCUUUUGGGCUGGUCUGCUGUGCAAGGAUCGUGUAAUUGGCAUGUAUGCUUACCACUUUAUGCUGCUUGUAUCUGUUGGACACUUUUAUAUGAUACUAUAUAUGCACAUCAGGACAAAGUGGAUGAUGUUAUAAUAGGCAUUAAAUCAACAGCUAUAAAGUUUGGAGAUAAGACGAAAACUUAUUUAUCUGGAUUUAGUGCAAUUAUGAUAACAGGGUUAAUUGCAUCAGGUAUAUUAACUACACAGACUUGGCCAUAUUAUACAGCAGUAGGAUUAGUUGGUACUCAUCUUACUAAUCAGAUUUACGGUUUGAAUAUAAACAAUUCUACAGACUGUGCUAAGAAAUUUCUAUCCAAUCAUAAGAUAGGAAUGAUUCUUUUCAUAGGAAUCAUUUUAGGAAAUCUCAUGAAAGAGUCAGCAUGCAAAAGAGAUGACAGUGUACAAGAAAAUUGAAAAAAAAAACUUAUUUUCACCACAUAGAAACAACAGUAAUUACUCUGCUGUUACAGAUAAUCAUUAAAUAUACACACUGUAAUUGUAGAAGUAAAGUAUAUGUAUUAAACAAAGAACAUGAUGGAACUGACAAGAAAAAAAUUAGUUCUAACUAUAUGUUG